UAAUGUACAUCAUAAUGGUAAAACGUUUGUAGUUCAACUGAUUUUUUUUAGUUGCACAAGUACGAUGUUCUCAAAAACGGUGAAUCAUCAAUUAGAGGGAAAAGUUAUUUUAUUUGGUAACGAAAAGUGAGGUUAAUCAGUUAAAGAAACAAGUAUCAAACUGUUUUAAUUAACGUAGGAGAUUUCUGAUUGAGACAGCACAUGAAAUUUUUUCGUUCAUCAGGAAGCACUAUCAUGACAGAUUCUCUAGAAAUAAAACCACCACAAGUAGCUGCAAGACAUCACAAAAUUUCAUCCCAUCGAAAAGAAAAGUACUCAAGUGAUCGAAGGGAAGUGAAAGAGUACAAGAUGAGGCAACAUCAUGAAGAUGGUAAGCACAGAGAUAAAAGCAGGGAUAUCAAGCAUCGAAGGUAUGAGGUGGAAAGUUCAGAAAAGCCCAAAAAAUCUGAUUCUUCAUCCAAAAGAGAAAAAGAAUCUAGACACGAAAGAAAGGAUGUUCGUACUAGUAGCACAGGAGAACGAUUGAUGGAAGACUUGCGAGAGAGUAAUAUUAGUCGCACCGCUCAAAGCAGAAUGCCCAACAGGCUUAUUGAUAAGAGACGAGAGCGACGAGAAGAACCUCUGGCACCGCGUGAAUACGCAACAGUACGUAACGAGCGUACUACAAGAGAAGUACGUCCUGACGAGUUACGUGAACGUCGAGAAUUGCGAAUAGCUGCAGCAGUAGCAGCAGCCGCCGCAGCCGUCGAAGAAGUCCAGGAGCCAUCGCGUAGUAGUAAACAUAAGAGACUAAGUGAUCAAAAUGUGAGUUCCAUUACACACGAAGUUUUGGUACAACAUCGCUCCAGUAAAGAGAAAAAACAUAAAAAGUCCAGAAAACACGACAAACUGAACGAACGAGAUAAAGAUAUGGAAAUAGCACAUCGAGAAAGACGGGCAAGGCAUCAGCAGCAGCAACCUAUCGACAUAAAUGUAUACGAAGAGCUUGAACGGAUGGAAGCAAUAGCGGCUGAGCAACACAUGGUUCUCACGAAAGAGACCCGACAAACGGACCAUGAAAUUCGUCGUCAAAGGCUACUCAUCGCCGAACGUGAAAUAAACUUUCAAAAAGAAAGCGCUCGUCUGGAAAGGGACGCCCGUCGACUGAAAAAACUGGAAAAGUCAGUCCCAGUUGUUCAGAUAUCAGAUGAAAGUGUGCAUAACUCCGAAUCAUCGUCGGAUUCCAGUAAUUCAAGUAGCGAUGAAGAAGAGGACGACGAAGAAACGGAAUCAAACCACUCAGAUUACAACGAUCCUAGUCCUCCGCACCGGAAUCGUCAUAAUAGGAAUGAAAACGAGGAUCAUUCGAGGUAUUAUGCCGAUACUAAUGGUACCAGGCACACGGAUUAUGUUGAAAUUAAAAACGAGGCAGAAGCCGAACUACCUCCUUAUUUCCCCGCCGUGCAAGGUUGCCGGAGCGUGGAAGAAUACAGGUGUUUGAACAAAAUAGCUGAAGGCACAUACGGAGUGGUGUACAGAGCUGAGGAUAGACGGACAAAAGAAAUCGUAGCUCUCAAAAGGUUAAAAAUGGAAAAAGAAAAAGAAGGCUUUCCCAUAACGAGCUUGCGAGAAAUCAAUACACUUCUUAAAGCACAGCAUCCCAAUAUUGUAACAGUACGAGAGAUAGUCGUUGGCAGUAACAUGGACAAAAUAUUUAUAGUUAUGGAUUAUGUUGAACAUGACUUAAAGUCGCUGAUGGAGACGAUGAAAUCGAAGAACCAUUGCUUCUCUUCCGGCGAGAUCAAAUGUCUCAUGCAACAAAUUUUGCGAGCAGUAGCACAUUUACAUGAUAACUGGAUUUUGCAUCGAGAUUUGAAAACGUCCAACUUACUUCUCAGUCACAAAGGAAUUUUGAAAGUUGGUGAUUUUGGUUUAGCUAGAGAAUAUGGUUCACCUUUGAAAUAUUAUACGUCAAUGGUGGUCACUCUCUGGUAUCGCGCACCGGAAUUGUUGCUUGGUAGCAAACAGUAUAGUACACCAAUCGAUAUGUGGUCCGUUGGAUGUAUCUUUGCAGAACUGGUGAAAAUGGAAGCAUAUUUUCCUGGAAAAUCAGACAUCGACUUAAUAAACAUGAUUUACCGGGAAUUAGGCACACCAACUGACAAAAUAUGGCCUGGUUAUUCCAAACUUCCUCUCGUCAAAAAAAUUAAUUUUGCUCAGCAUCCUGUAAAUAAUAUUAAAUCAAGAUUCCGUUUACAACUAUCUGACUUGGGAAUGGAGCUUCUAAAUAAGCUUCUAACAUAUGAUCCAAUGAAAAGAAUAACUGCGGAAGCGGCAUUGGAACAUGGCUACUUUAAGGAAUCUCCUCAGCCAAUUGAUCCAGCCCUAUUCCCAACAUACCCAGCAAAGUCAGAAUUUGGCAUACGAACGGUGAAUGCUUCGCCACAGGCACCGAGUGGUGGUCGUGAGUUCAAAUUUUUAUCGGAUAUAAUGGAUGAGGAAGACAACGAUGACAAUGGGGGCUUCCACAUGGGUCCAAGAGAAGCGAUCAGUCAGCCAAGCUUCCAAAUCAAAUUUUGACGGUGCUUUUUGCAACCAACAACGGGAUGGAGAAUAAAGCUUAUAUACAUAAGAAUGUACAAAGUAACUUUAGUGUAAAGUAUAUCAUUGUAUAAUAUACAAUGAUCACAAUGAAUGCGUAAGUUUUUCAUUUUUGAUCAAUGAUCAUUUUUACGAUUGAGACUAUGAGUUUGUUUAUUAUAAAUCCGACAUCAUUGGUAAAUAUAGAAAUUUACUUUUUUUUCUGGAGAACUGUUAUAUAUUUAUUUCAUUAAUAUUGAUAACAUCUUUACAAAUUAUAGAUUAUCUAGUUUGCAAGCUAAAAGCACAUUUCAUUGCCAAUCAUCAUUAUAAUAUUUUGUUAUUUUUUGUUCGUUACUAGUAAUUUAAUACACAUCGCGAUAAGCACAGCUAAGGAUGGUAAUUUUAUGGUAU